GAAAUCAAUUUAAAUUAAGCGCGCAAUUUGCAGUUCCUUUUGUGUGGUCUGUUGCGCAGCGUGGCAACGCUUUGGCCCACAAGGGAGGGCAACAAAUCGGAGAGGCAUACAAUAGUGAGAUAGAGGGAGAGCGAUAACUGCUGAACCAGUGCGCGUUGAGCAAGAACAAUUGCAAAUGCGUAUUUUUGUAGUGCAACAAUUUUUGAUUGCUUAAAAUUCAUUUGCAAGCAUUUUGUGUAAACGAAACUAACCGAAAGUCAACGAAAUCAAUAUCAUGAAUCACAAGCGCAACUAGGCGUGUUAAAAGAAACAAUUAAAAAAACAACUUGGUGGCCAUACGUUGAAUUGAAGUGCGAGUGCAAAAUUGUUUGGUUAUGUGCAGCAGCCGUCGUCGUCGACGUCGUCGCUGUUGUUGUUGUUGCUGCUGUCGUCGUCGUCGUCGCUGCCUACUUCGUUCCCUCUCGCCUCACCGUCUCUCUCACAUGAAAUGAGCGUGUGCAUGUGCUGCAAUAGCUGCUAAAACUGUAAUAAGCAAAUUGCAAUAAACUGUAAAUAGAAAAAAAAAAAACGUUUAUAUAUACACAUAUAUAUAUAUACAUAUAUAUAUAUAUAUAUAUAGUUAGCUAGCGUGUUUAAAGAAAAAUGAUGGAAUCGCUAUAUAAUGAAAGGAUUGCGGCAAUUGCCAGCGAAGGCAAAAGCAGCAAAAGCAAUAGCAACAAAACUACAACAACUAGUGGCAGUGCUGCAAAGUGUGAAACAAUGUAUGGCAACGCUGCCAAGAUCAACAGCGCAGCCGACGUAGCUGCCAGCAGUAACAGUGGCAGCGGCAGCGCUAGCAGCAGCAGCGGCGGCGGCAGCAACAACAAUACGACAAGCAAUCGCCGUGCUAAGGAAACAACAACAACAACAACGUCGUCGUCGUCUGGUCACAAGCAUCGCAAAACGAAAAAAGCAAUAACAAAUCUAAAUCCGAAUUCCAAUUCGAAUACGAGUUCGAAUAUUGAAUCACUGUGGACAGCCCUGCAGGAGGAGGCAAUUGAGUUUACGCACGACGAUGAGAUACCCUUGAGUUUUGCGGCCAAGCGACAUCAGGAAUCGAUAGAACCUUUGAUUUAUGAGCGUCAUCCAUGGCGGAUACGGGAACGCAUGAAGACGGCAAGUGUGGCGCUUGUCCUGUGCCUUAACAUUGGUGUGGAUCCACCCGAUGUGGUCAAAAUACAACCGUGCUCGCGUCUGGAAUGCUGGAUUGAUCCCAGUUCCGUAUCCGUGCCCAAGGCAAUGGAAUUGAUUGGCAGCAAUCUCCAGAUGCAAUAUGAACGUUGGCAACCCCGAGCACGUUACAAAAAAUGCAAUGAUCCCACGGUGGAGGAUGUCAAGAAAUUGUGCACAUCUUUACGCCGUAAUGCCAAGGGAGAAAGGAUAUUGUUCCACUAUAAUGGACAUGGUGUGCCAAAGCCGACGGCAAAUGGCGAGAUUUGGGUUUUCAAUCGCACCUUUACACAGUAUAUACCAUUGAGCAUCUUUGAGCUGAUCAAUUGGAUGGCAGCACCAUCGAUCUAUGUGUAUGAUUGCUCCAAUGCCGGCAUUAUCAUCAACUCCUUUCAGCCCUUUGCCGAGCAGCAUGAGCAGGAGCUGGAGAAGGCACUGCAGGCGCAGUUAAUUCAAUCCCAAUCCCAAACCCACUCUCAGUCCUCCGCUGCCCAAUCCUCGAGUGCCUCGCAGCUGGUUAGCUACAAGAAUUGCAUCCAUUUGGCCGCCUGUGCCGCCAAUGAGAUACUUCCCAUGAAUGCCCAAUUGCCGGCGGAUCUCUUCACCAGCUGCCUGACCACGCCCAUUAACAUCGCCCUCAAAUGGUAUGCCAUGCAGGAGAAACUGGGCAUGGUGCCGCGCAUCCAAAGUGAGCUUAUUGACAAGAUACCCGGCAAGGUCAAUGAUCGCCGGACCAUGAUGGGUGAACUCAAUUGGAUAUUUACGGCUAUAACGGAUACUAUAGCCUGGAAUACAUUGCCGCGUGAGCUGUUCCAGCGUCUGUUCCGGCAGGAUCUGCUGGUGGCCAGUUUAUUUAGGAACUUCCUGCUCGCCGAGCGUAUUCUACGUAGUCACGAUUGUACGCCGGUUUCUUUGCCGGCUCUGCCGCCAUGUCAUCGGCAUGCCAUGUGGAAAGCCUGGGAUUUGGUGGUGGAUCUGGCGCUGCAACAAUUGCCGGACAUACUGGAGCAACAGGCGCCGUACAGACAGCUGCCAUUCUUUGAGCAUCAGCUGACCGCGUUCCAGGUGUGGCUGGACUCGGAAUCCGAAUCCCGUACACCGCCCGAACAGCUGCCCAUUGUGCUGCAGGUGCUCCUAUCUCAGGUGCAUCGUUUGCGUGCCUUGGAGCUGCUGGCACGCUUCCUGGACUUGGGUCCCUGGGCGGUUAAUCUCGCCUUGGGCGUGGGCAUCUUUCCCUAUGUGCUCAAAUUGCUGCAGAGCUCAACGCGGGAAUUGCGUCCUGUUUUGGUAUUCAUCUGGGCCAAGAUCUUGGCCGUCGAUCCCAGCUGCCAGGUGGAUCUGGUCAAGGAGUACAAGUACUUUCUGUCCGUGCUGCAGGAUAACACUGUGAGCAAACAGCAUCGCACCUUGUCCGCCUUUGUGCUCGCCUCCAUUGUGCACAAUUUCCUGCUUGGGCAGACGAGCGCCCUGCAGGGUCCUCUGUUGUCCAUUUGCCUGGAACAGUUGAAUGACAGCAGCUGGUUGCUACGCCAAUGGUUGGCCAUUUGUCUGGGCAUGCUCUGGCAGAACUUUGAGAAGGCCCGUUGGUCGGGUGCUCGAGAUUUGGCCCACGAGAAGCUCUAUGUGCUGCUCCGUGAUCCCAUCCCGGAGGUACGCGCUGCGGCUGUCUUUGCUUUGGGCACCUUUAUCAGCUCCGUGACGGAUCGGAGUGAGGAGCAGGCGAAUAAUAUUGAUCGCAUCAUUGCCAUCACAUUGCUGGAGACGGUGGGUGAGGAUAUGUCGCCGCUGGUGCGUCUGGAGCUGGCUGCUGCCCUACAAUGGAUGGUGCUGCUGUUUGAGACGCAGUUCGUCACGGUUUAUCUGGCGGAGCAGAUGAACAGUCAUAGCUCGGCCUUGGUGUCCUGUGGCGGGGAGCGGAGUGCCAGCAUUACACAUGGCAUGCCACAUGCCCCAUCGGCCAGUUAUGCCCAAUCCACGCACAGUCUGGAACGCUUUGUGCCCCACAUCCGGCGUGGCGUUAGCUCCAGUUCCAUCUCGAACAUGAGCAGCUCGGGCAUGGGCACGGGCAUGGGCAGCGGUUCCGGCAGCACAACAACCACCAAUUUCAUACCCUUUCAGUCCAUAUUCACCAAACUCUGGCUGGGCAUCUAUAAUCUGGGCCAGGAUCCAUUUCCAGCUGUGGCAGCGACGGCUCAACGCAUUAUUUCCCAUGUGCGGGAUGCGGCACUGUGCAUGAUCACGGCCAAGGAGGCCACCAAUGCCACCACGGCGGGCAGCAGCAGCAGCGGUUCCGGCACGGGUUCAGGUUCCGGUUCCGCAGCUCCCCGAGAUCUGGAGAAGCUGAACAAUAGCAGUUUGAGCGUCAGCUUGCCACCCAGUCCCAAUACACGCUGCAAUUACCUGGGUGGCAGCGGUGAAUCACCGCCAGUGGGUCAUCAUGGUCAUCAUGGUCAUCAUGCGGGACAUGGCAGUCAGUGGGUGCAGAAGCUGCGACUGUCCGGAGGCGCCAAUGCGGAGACACAGCGCAAAUUGCGCACCAGCUCCAUGAAUGAUGAGACGGACGGUGGAGCUGGCGGUGCCACAGCACAUCCCUCAGCCGGCAUCAGUGGAACGGGAGGAUCAGCAGCCGGACUAACUGCUGGUGAUGGCAAUCAUUCAGCACGCAGCAGUGGCAGCGAAACCAAUCCUUAUGCCGAUGGCAAAGCACAAAUGCUGCAACCCAUUGUACAGACGCAGUUCAUCCCCUGGGCCAUCUCGUACUUCACCCGACCGGGGAAUCAACGCUACAGCAGCGCCGAGGGCGGCAGCGAGGAGGAGGAGGGCAAACAACGUUAUCCCAUCGAUCGGAACUCGAGUGAAUUGCGCUCCCGCAAGUAUCGCUAUCAACGGAAUGAGUUUAUGCGUCAAUGGGUAUCACAUCGUCGGAUAAGCAGCCUAAUCAGUCGCCUCAACGAUGCCAACAGCUGGGCGCGAAAGACACAGUUUACGCCAUCGCUAGUGAAGCUAUUGCCAUAUGAGCCACAGAUAGCGGUGGCCUACAAGGAGAAGGUGCUGGUCUAUGAUUUUGUCAAGAACUCGGUGCUGAGUUAUGCCACAGAAGCGAAUGCGGAGACAUCUCUGGGCAGUUCCUUAAUAGGAGCCACCGGAGCAGGAGGCGGAGGAGCAACUGGAGCAGGAGGCAGUGGCAGUGGAAGUGUGCGCAAGACUUCUCGCCUGGAGUACAGCUCAUUUGGUGGUGCUAGUGGUUCGCCCUUUGCGCGUGUCAGCAGCUUUGAGCUAUUGAAUGCCCAGGAUGUGGGCUUAAUGCUUGUGGCACACGAUGAUGGCGUCAUCCGUGUCUGGCAAUCCACCAGUGACGAUGAUUCGCAGCCGCUGACAACGCGUCUGAUCAGCGCCUGGGAUGCACUGCCUCGCAGCGGCGGAGGAGGCGGCGUCACCACAGGCGGUGUCUCCAGUAAUUUGCCCACAAACAGUGGCUCCAGUUCGUCCAGUUCAUCGGUGGCAGCGGGCGCUGGAGCAACAGGAGCAGCUGGUGUCUCCAACUCCUCACAGCUGGGCAGCGGCAGCAGUCUACACUAUGGCAAUGGAUCUGGCAUGGGCAUUGUCACCGCCUGGCAGCAAUCGAGUCAACAUUUGGUCGUUGGCGGCGGCUCCUAUCGUUAUCUGCGCAUUUGGGAUGUGGAGCGGGAGCUCAAGCUGAAUGAUUUCCAGCUGGGCAGGGAUACCAGUGUGCGUGUCCUCUCGCCCUUUAUGGCCAAUCGUCGCUGUGACACCAUUGUGGCCGGCUGCUCCGAUGGCAGUGUCCGUUUAUUCGAUAAACGUUGUGCUCCUCACAUCAUACGCGUGAUCCGGGAACAUGCGGCACCUAUUUUACAUGCCUGUCUCCGGGCCGAUGAUCGAUCUCUUGUGGUCGGCUGCAAUGCGGGCAAAGUUUGUGUCUUUGAUCUGCGCGGUUGGAGUCACUGGGAUGGAUUGACGGCUGCGCCACAUGAGUGGCAGGCUGGCGGUGAUAUCACCGCCAUGGCAACGCAUCCCAUUGCGGAUGCUGUCGCCUGCGGCAAUGCAUCCAAAAUAAGCAUCUACUCGCUCAAGGGGAAAUCACUGAGUUCAUUGCGCAGCAACGAGGGAUUCAUGGGCUCAAGGAAUCCGCAUCCCACGUGCCUAUCAUUUCAUUCGUUCAACGUCCAGCUGGCGGUGGGUUUUGUGGACAAUACGGUUGCUGUCUACAGUCCCACACCAGUUUUAUAAACUCUGCAGCCGCUGGAAAACGGACGUCGAUAAGAAUCCUGAAACAAUGUUUAAUGCACGUAGCUUCAAUGCGGAGCCAGCGAUGCAGUCAGCAGUGGAGCAUGUUCGGGCGAUUACACAGCUAUCGG